AUGGAUAAAAAGUCGAUUGAUGAAACACCCAACAACAAAAAGGCAUAUUUUGUUGGAGAUGAUGUAGUCAGUGAGGAAGAAAAAGUGAAUGAAGCAGCUUUAAUAGCAAACAAUGAAACUUUUGAUCCGGCAAUGAGAUUUUUACGAAUUAUCAUUUGUGUGAUGCUCGUGAUCACUGGUUCUGUUAAUACUCUAGCGGCCAAGUGGGCCGAUAGAAUUAAUAUAAAUGGACGAUAUUUUAAUCAUCCCUUUUUCCAGGCGACUGUGAUGUUUGUUGGUGAAAUGUGCUGUGGUGUAGUUUUUUUCGUAGUUCUCUUUGUCCAGCGAUAUUUUGGGAAAAGACGUCAAAAGAAAAUGUUAAAUGGUGCAAAAAAAGAAUGUCAAGUAUAUGAAGAAGCUGACGGCUUAAAAACUAGUUUAGAAAAGACGGGUGAAAGUGUGUCUGCCGAGAAUGAUGUAUCAUUACAAAGUGACCGUCUUGAGAUUCCACAGAUUCCACAUUUCAACUAUUUUCUUUUUGCUGCACCAGCAUUUUGUGAUGUUUUUGCUACAUCGUUACUGUAUGUUGGACUGACUUUAACAAGUGCAGCGUCUUCUCAAAUGUUGAGGGGUGCUGUGAUUAUCUUCACGGGAUUCUUUUCUGUGAUAUGUUUGCGCAUGAAAUUAAGGCUUUAUCAAUGGCUUGGAAUACUUAUGGUGGUAGUUGGCUUAGUGAUUGUUGGUGUUGCCGAUAUUUUGUUCACACAUGAAGCAGAAGGAUCAGAAAAAAAAUCAGUUUUAGUUGGUGAUAUUUUGGUAAUUUUUUCGCAGAUUAUUGUUGCCGUUCAAGUAGUCGUUGAACAGAAACUGUUAUCAGAUUUUAACUGCCCAGCGCUGCUAGCUGUUGGUUUAGAGGGUAUAUUUGGCUUCCUGAUUCUUAGUAUACUGAUGGUUCCUAUGUUUUUCAUUCACGUGCCUCCAAUGUUUUCAAAUUCACCAGAAAAUCGUCUUGAAGAUGCUUUGGAUGCUUUUCAAGAAAUGCGGGACAGUGGAGAAUUGGUUGCUGCACUUUCUCUUACUCUUAUAAGUAUUGCAUUCUUCAACUUUUCUGGUGUCUCAGUUACAAAAUAUAUGGAUGCGACGACUCGAAUGGUGUUAGAUAGUAUACGUACCAUAAUAAUAUGGGCUGUGUCAAUACCACUUUUUCACAGCAAUUUCAUACCACUUCAAUUACUCGGUUUUGCUUCUCUGGUUUUUGGAAUGUUUAUGUACAAUGAUGUCUUUAUUGGUCCGCUCUUGCGAAAAACGAAAUUUGGAGCUCUGCUUUACCCAACAGUUUAA